AUGGACCCGUAUUCUAACCCUAAUCAGGCUUAUACAAAAGGAGGUGCUGGUAAAGGACCGCCGGGGUCUGGUGAGAUGGGGCACGGUGGGUCUCGGUCGAGCUAUCAGCCGUCGCCGCGGCAGCCGCCGCUUCCUUCCCCCAUGGGGCAAGGCGGGGGAGGUGACAGCUGGGGGAGCUACCAGCAGCAGCAGUACCAGCAGUACCAGCAGCAGCAACAGCUGCAGCAGCAGCAGCAGCAGCAACAGCUGCAGCAGCAGCAGCAGCCGCCGUAUCAGCAGGCGGCGAUUGUGUCUCCCUCGUCUUCGUCCGACCAUUCAGGGUUUCAGCUUCCGCCCAUGCCGGCACCCAGUCAAAACAAGCUUCAGCAGCAACAGCAGCAGCAGCAACAACAGUACUACCAGCAGCAGCUGGAGCAGGCGCAUGCGGCGCAGCAGCAGCAGCAGCAAGCGGCGCAGCAGGCGGUGUGUCAGAGGUCGAGGCAGGCAAUGGACGCGCACACGGCCGCAGCAGCGCAGCGCGCCAUUGCCGCGCGGAAAGCCCGCCAGAGCGAGUUCGGGCCGCCAACCGCGCCUGCUGCGCACACCCGCUGCGGCUCCCCCCCGCCCCUGGACCCCGCGGGGACCUCCUGCGGGAGUGAUAUCGGCGUUAGUGUGGGGCGGGGGACGGCUGGCGGAGCGGGCGGAAUGGGCGGAGGGGGGAGAGGGGCAAGCGUUGGGAUGGGCGUGCAAGAGGCGGAGUGUGGGCGAGUGUUUCCCACGAGCUCGUCCAGUGAAGACGACCGGUCUACCCGCUUGUCCUACAAUUCCGCCUUCUCCGUGGGCGCGUGUUUCCCCACGAUCUCAUCCAGUGAAGACGACCGGACCCAACAGGAGAUGGGAGAAGGCAGCAUGACUGCAGACGGAGGAGGGUGGGGCGAAGGAGGAGGAGGCGUGGGCGUGGGAGGGGGAGGGGGAGGGGGAGGGGGAAGGGGGGCGGAAGGAGGGGCAGGGACACUGUCAGUCAUAACGGGCCGUCCGCCUUCCCCGCUAAGCACAAGGCGGCCCCCUUUGGGCUCCCCUGUUGCGACGGGUAAGAGCAGUGGGAGCAAGAAGACGAAGGUGAAGGAGAAGGUAGUGAAGAAAAAGAUAAAGAAGAAACAGCCCGCAGCAGGGGCCGAGCAGCCUUACGACGAGCAGCAGCAGCAGCAGCAGCAGGAGGUGCAAAUGCAAGGGUACAUGGACAGAGAAGGGGUUGAAGGGGCGGGAGGAUACGAAGCAGGAGGGGAUUAUGGUGCAGAGGCUGGAUAUUCUGGGGAGAGUAACGAGUGGGGUAGUCACGAGUCGAAUACGCAUCAGUUGAAUUCUAGUUAUGGGGGGGGACGGGAUGUUUAUGGACAGGAGGCAGUGCGGAGUGAGUGUAACGAGGGGGGUUAUUAUAACGAGCAGGGUUAUGACGAGUAUAAUGGUGGGCCGGGGCGUGGGGAGGAGGGGGGGAAUGGCGGAGCGGUGGGUGAGUGGGCGGAGCAGAAAGGGCCGCCAGGGCGAGGGUAUGGGCCCAUGACACCGUCUGGUAGACCACCGAUGCUCAUGCAGCAGCAGCAGCAGCAGCAGCAGCAGCAGCAGCAGCAGCAGCAGCAGCAGCAGUUACAAUACCAGCAACAGUAUCAGCAGCUGCCGCCUCCCACUCCCAUGCAACAGCAGCAGCAGCAGCAGCAGUUGCUGCAGGCACAGAAUAUGUAUCACCUCUCCACGCCCCAUGCGAUGGGGCCAGCAGGAGGGAUGCCCGCAGGCAUGCAGCAGCAGCAGCAGCAGCAGCAGCAGCAGCAGCAGCAGCAGCAGCAGCAGCAGCAGCAGCAGCAGCAGCAGCAGCAGCAGCAGCAGCAGCAGCAGCAGCAGCAGCAGCAGCAGCAGCAGCAGCAGCAGCAGCAGCAGCAGCAGCAGCAGCAGCAGCAGCAGCAGCAGCAGCAGCAGCAGCAGCAGCAGCAGCAGCAGCAGCAGCAGCAGCAGCAGCAGCAGCAGCAGCAGCAGCAGCAGCAGCAGCAGCAGCAGCAGCAGCAGCAGCAGUAUCAAUGGCAGCAGCAACAGCAGCAGCACGCAAUGAUGCAGCAGCAGGGAAUGCAGCAAGAGCAGCAGCAGUGGCAGCAGGAGCAGGCACAGCAGCAGCAGUGGCAGCAGGAGCAGGCACAGCAGCAGCAGGCACCGCAGCUACAGCUGCAACUGCCGCCACUGCAAUCCCAGCGCUCCCUCACUUCUACAGCAUCCCGCAGCCUUUCAGAGGCGACAAGCAGGGGCGGAGGGAGCUUCAACGAGCGCAACAACCAGAGCAACAACCAGAACCAGAUGCAGAACCAAAACCUGAUCCCAUCGCCCAGCUUCAAGGAGAGAAACCAAGGACUGGGGGGAUUUGGGGGGCCUGGGGGGGGUGUUGGGGGGCCUGGGGGGGCUGGGGGGGCUGUUGGGGGACCUGGGGGGCCUGGGGGACCAGGUGGGGCACUGGCGCAGCAGCAGCAGCAGCAUGUGGCGCCUAGGGGUGUGCGGCGAGUGCAGUCUAACAGAGAAGCAGCGGGGUCUCGUGUGGUUCCUGUCCCCAUGACCCCCAGUGGUGCUUCUCAGGUCAGCGGACAGGCUAGUAGUAGCUUUGGGCAGUUUGGGUUCGGUGGUGCUCCAGGCAGUGAGAGCGGAGGAGGCGGAGUAGGCAGUGGAGGAGGAGGAGGAGGAGGAGGCGGAGUAGGGGUAGGGGGAGGAGCAGCAGCAGCAGGGGCUGGGGUGUUUCGACGCAUGGGGUCGGCAAGAAUGGCAGGUGGUGGUGGUGGUGGUGCUUCUGCUUCUGUGGGCGGGGCCGUGGCUGGGACGCCGCUAGCAGGAGUGGGAAGCUCCUCCUUCCGCCGCAGACCCGCAGGAGAAGCUUCAGGUGCUGCUGCUGCUGGCGAUGCAGAGGAGGCGAGGCCGCCAAUGAGGAGGAGUUGGACAGGGGGGGAGCAGUACCGGCGGAAGAUCUGGGUGAACGGGCAGGCCGUUCCGGACCAGCGGGUGGUGCAGGCCGAGCAGAGGAUCGGACCCAUCGACCCGGGGAAAUACUGGUACGACAUCCGAGCUGGCUUCUGGGGAGUCAUGGGCGGGCCAUCUCUUGGUGUGCUGCCGGCGUUCAUGCACGAGUUUGGAAACCACCCAUUGGAAAAGGACUGCUCUGGAGCGGGCGGCAAGACUCGGGUGUAUGUGAACGGGCGGGAGGUGCCGAAGAAGGAGUUGACUGCGUUGACCAAGAAGGGCCUGCUGCACCUGCCAGGGGCGAAUUACACUCUGGAGGCGGAUGGCACGGUGGUCGAUAAUGUGUCGGGCAAGGCCAUGCGCUCCAUUGGGAACCUGUGA